GUGAGGGUAUCACCCUGUGUAAUUAAACCACAAAUAAGCAAUUUAGAUCUAGCUAGCUAGCUAGCUUUCAGUGUCAAGUGUAUUAGCAGCUCUAUUAACUGGUCAAUCAUGGAAGAAGACUAUCUAUAUGACAAUGAAGGCUUGUCGUUCGACAAUUUUUCAAUUGUUGUUGAUACAAAAGAGAUAUUCUUUCCCACAAAGACAGUACAAUUUCAGACACUUCUCAAAGUUGUAGUCUCAGUCUCAUGUCUGUUGAGCAUCAUUGGAUCCACUGCAAUCAUUCUGAGCUAUGCAUUUUUCAAAGAGAUGAGAACUCUUGCACGACAUACUUUAGUUUGUCUCUCUAUUGCAGACCUACUGCUGAAUCUAUCUGGUUUCCUGGGAAUAGUAACAAAGGUAUCUUCCUUGAAAGCAGACCAAUUUGCACUUCACUCUCCGUUGGGGAAUUGGUGCAGAACACAAGCUGCAGUACUGGUUUUCGGAACAGAGAGCUCUAUAAUGUGGACCGUCGGUGUUGCUGUGUACAUGUUUGUUCUUGUGGUGGUUCAGCCAAAGACGCAAAGAUGGGGGCUCAAACUAGUUGUGGUAUUGCAUUUUGUGUGCUGGGGAAUCCCAUUUGUCUUAACUCUAUGGCUGCUAUUGGAUGGGUACUUAUGGUUUGAUUCUGCUGCCACUCCUGGCUUCUGUGCAAUCAUUGGACAAAGUACUCACGAUAAUGUCAGUGCUACGGAUGAGCAGCCUAAACUCUACCCCAUCAUUGUUGGUUAUGAGAUAUGGCUUUAUAUAACUUUCAUUGUGUUGCCUGCUUUAUAUGUCACUCUCAGCUGCCAUGUGCGUACAAAGAACCAACACUUAUCAUCUGUUUUGAAGGUCAAGGCUACAAAGCAGGACUUGAAAUUGAUAUCUGUCCCUCUUGUGUUUUUGAUACUACGAAUAUGGAGUGUGCUGGUGGAUAUUUGUGUCUAUUACCUUCCCAUUGUGUACAGCGUGGGCUUCCGAAAAAGCUAUGCAAGUGCAGUUCUGAUACUACUGGAGGGAAUUGGAGACACUGCUCAAGGUGCUGUGAAUGGAGUUAUCUUUUGCCUCUUCAAACCAGCGAUAAGAGCUAAAAUCUAUAAAAUUCUAACAAGCAUUUUCUGUCGCAAUAGAUCAAUCUAUGACGUUCCAGUUGAAGAAAGUAUCCAAUGUGAUGGUGAUGUUGAUGUUGACAAAGAUAAAGACUGUGCUAUAGACAGUGAGCACAAUCGACCGUUGCUAUUUGUUGCUAGCAAUUCCUAUAUAGAUUACAAGGCUACAAAUUAAUAGUUGUUUUUGUUUGUGGUAAUGUGAUGAUUGUGUUUUUGGUGAAAUCUGGUGCAUUUGA